CGGUGCAAGCUUCCAAUAUGGCUGCGGCCAUGGGAAGCAAGGUUGCAAUGUAGUUGCCGCAUCUCGAUGGUUUUCUGAGCACGCAUGGAUCGUGGGGAUUUCUUGGUCUCCCUUGUGGCUGGUGGGCUGGCUGGUGUGUGUGUGGACCUGACAUUAUUUCCUUUGGAUACAGUCAAAACUAGACUGCAGAGUCCCCAAGGAUUUAAAAAGGCUGGUGGUUUCCGUGGCAUUUAUGCUGGUGUUCCUUCUGCUGCCAUAGGAUCUUUUCCAAAUGCUGCUGCCUUUUUUGUCACUUACGAAUAUACGAAAGCUGUCCUGCACACAGAUGCUUCUCCAUAUUUCACUCCAGUUAUUCACAUGAUGGCUGCCUCCUUUGGAGAAGUAGUUGCUUGUCUAAUACGAGUUCCUGCUGAAGUUGUGAAGCAAAGAGCACAAGUGUCCCCGUCUUCCAGUACCUUACGGAUCCUUUCCCAAACCGUCUAUGAAGAGGGUAUCCCAGGACUCUACCGAGGUUAUAAAAGCACAGUAUUAAGAGAGAUUCCUUUCUCUCUUGUACAGUUUCCUGUAUGGGAAUCUUUAAAGGAACUUUGGUCAUGGAAGCAAGGACACGUGGUGGAUUCUUGGCAGUCUGCAGUCUGUGGAGCAUUUGCAGGUGGAUUUGCAGCUGCAGUGACCACUCCUCUGGAUGUAGCCAAGACAAGAAUUAUGUUGGCAAAGACUGGCUCCAGAACCGCAAGUGGGAAUGUGUUAUCAGCUCUUCAAGGUGUAUGGAGAACCCAAGGGAUAUCUGGUUUGUUUGCCGGAGUCGUCCCUCGAAUUUCUUCCAUUAGCCUUGGAGGUUUUAUCUUUCUCGGGAUGUAUGACAAGAUCCGAAGCUCGCUUUUGUGAUUUUGGUCAAGAGGAACAGCUGUGGAGCCACUAUCCCACCCAGCCCUCCUUAAUUCUAAGGGGAAAAAAAUUACACAUUCAUAAAAGUUAUUCCUUUACAUUUCUCCCUUCCCCUUCGUCCUGCCAUUCCUGCCUCCUGUGGUUCAGCAGCUGUUCAGCAGCCCGGACUUCAUGCUCUCUAUUUAAACAAGAAUGAGAAAUCCUGUAAUUCCAUUUGCUUAACAAAAAAGUGUCCAUGUAUGGAGAGUCCUGUUAUGGUGGUGAGCUCAUGGAGAAGAGUCUGCCAAGAAAUUCAGCUUUGGGGGGCAAAGAACCUAUUUAGGGGCUCCAGCCAAGGGACUGAAAAGCAUUAUUAUUAUUAGCAGUCACUUUAGGGAGUGUGAUGUGCAAAUGACAGCUUGGUCUCCAUGGCAUAGCAGCUACACAUAUUCAUCAUAGAAUGGCACCAGAGUCACCCCAGAGAAGAAAACAGCACCGUUAACAUGACUGAAGACUUGUCAUGCUCUGGAGGACAGACGGAAGAAGCAACAAGGUUUUUUUUUUCUUUUUAAAAUGUAUAGAAGGGGAAAAACCCAUUUGUUUCUUGUUUGAAACCCAUUUGGAAAAUCUAGACCACUGUUCAUAUCUACAGGUGCAUAGCCAGCAUUCUUGCUUGGAUAAGCAAGACUGCCUUUUUUAAUUAGACUCGAAUUUCUUUAGUA